AUGCGUCGUGAACGGUUUUUAAUAGCAGAACAAAAAGCAGAAAUACGUCGUCAUAGACUAGAACAUCAAAGUUUAAAUACAAAUGAACAAGAAUUUCAACUAUCCCUAACUUUACCAUUCAAUGAUUUAUAUUUAAUAUUAGAUCAAGAACUUUCACUUUUUUCUCAAUGUUUACAAGAACAUGCUGUACAAUCUAAAAAAGCGUUACUGAGUCCAAAAGAUUUACAACGUGUAGAAUCAAUACAAUUUUUCUAUCAAAAACGUAUUGAACUUGUUCCACUUAAAAGACUUUUAACAUUUUUUAAACAAAUAUCAGAAUUGAAUGAAUUAAAUGUUGAUGAUAGAGUUACAUUAAUUAAAUUUAAUCUUCUUCCACUUUUAUGUAUUAAUUGUACACUUUCAUAUAAACCUGAAACAAAUCAAAUAAUUGAAAUUGAUUCCGAUGUACCAUGGGAUUCAUCUGUAAUUCAAAUAGUUUAUGAUAUGGAUGGUUACAAAGAAAUAAAAAAAAUUUUUGAUUAUUUUUUAUGUAUUGCAAAAUAUGAUCAAAACAUAAUUCAAUUAGCACUUAUUACUUUUAUGCUUACAAAAGGUUUUUCAGUAGCUGCAAUCAAUGAACCAAUAUUAAAUGAUUCUAUAUCUGUAUAUUGUGCACAAAAUUAUUUUAUAGAACUUUUAUGGAAACAUAAGGAAACAGUUCAUGGAUCCGAAAUAACUAUUCAAAUAUUUAGUAAACUUAUAGCACAUUUUAUGACAUGGCAAGUAUUACAAAUUAAAAUUCGACGUAUUAUUGAACAAAAUUUAUUGUCAAUAAAUAUUAAUGAAAUAUGA